AUGAACAAAAAAAAUGAUAAGAUGACUCAUCGUUCACGUUCUUCAUCUAUUCCAUCUUCAUCUCCUGGUCCACUUCAACAACAAUCACGACAUCUGUCGCGAUUGACUGACAAGCCAAUCGUAUCAUCGUCCAUUCAACAUCAAUAUCAGCUGAUCAAUAAUCAAAUAACAAAAACACAUACUGAUAUUACAAUUGUUCCACCACCAUUAUCAGCAUGUAAUCAAACAUCGUCAACACCACGACGACCAUUAGAUGAAAGUAACUCUUCUGAAUUUCAAGUACAAAGUCGAACAAAAAAAUCUCGUCCACAUGAACCAACACCAACAAAUGUUAAUUCUAAUAAUAAAACAACAACAACAACAUCAUCAUCAUUAACAACUGAUCGUCAAUUUUGUUUCUCUUCAGCUCAAUUAAAAUAUGCAAUAUCUAAUAAUUUACGAUGUUUUUAUUUGAAAUUUAGUCUUGAUGAUGAUCCUGUUCAACAACAUAAAUUACCAUCUGCUAUGAAAGUGGCUUCAUGGAUUCGUCAAUUGAUACAACAACAAUCAGCUCAAUCACUUGGUGAUUUUUCUCUUUUGGUCCCCGCAGGUAAAAAUCGUUAUAAAGUUGGUGUUACAACAAAAAAUGACUUUUUGUUGCUUUGGAAUUGUAAGUGGCCAAAAGACAUGGACAAAAUUGAUAUUGAAAUAGAAAGACCUCGAGCUUUGCCUGAUUCCUGUGCAGUAGUUAUACGUUAUGUACCAGCUGAUUUACCAAGAGAAUUCGUUAUUCAGGAAAUAUCAAGAUCAAUUAAAUCAGCUAUACAAUUUUCAAAAAUUAAUUAUCACUGUCCUAGAUCCACAGAUGAUUUAAGAUUUUGUAUUACAGAUGAAAAUGAAUAUGAAGAGGUAUUAAGUAUUGGUCGUUGA